AUGAAUGGAGUCUGGUAUAACGAUUCCAACACGAAUCCUAGAAGACCCGUAAGUAGUAGUCAUUUUGGUUGUGUCACCCAUUUAUAUCAAAUUGCAUUAUUUGAUAAACAUGAUAAACCAAUGAAUUAUAAUAUUACCGUUGACGAGAAUGAUUUAAUUUUGAUCAAAAAACACAAGUGGUAUCUCAAGAAUGAGAUUGUGGUAAAUGAGAACAGUGUUACUUUAACAGAAAUCCUUACUAGUGCCACCAAUGUUAAACUGAAGGAAGGAAAAAAAUGUUUUUCACGAAAGAAUCUCGUGAUAUGUG